AUGGCCGCUUUUGACUUGGGAGCAAACGCCACCGCCGAUAUCCCCUGGUCCUUCACGCAGACCCCGAUUGAAACCCUGCGGGACUUCAACGGACCCCGGCAACUCUGGCGCAGAUAUACGCCACCACCUGAUGUCUGGCGCAGCGGAACCAAGUGGGGGUCUCUACCAUCCAUGUGCCACGCCCGAGAAACCCAAUGUCAAGCACGCCUUGCCAGUCGGACAGUACUCGGUCACAUACCAGCAGAAGUCCAGAAGCAUUCGUGA